AUGUAAUAAGAGAUAAGCAAGGCUUCCUUUUAAAUGUAAUGUUAACGAAAACAUUUCAUAAAGGAUAAGCAAUAUCAUCUUCUUAUAGAUGAUGAUCGCAUAAAAAUAUCGGAGGUAAGACAACAUCCACCUAAAAGAGACAGUAGAUUUUCAAUACUCUAAAUAUCUCCUUGAUCUAAAUUUCGAAAGCUUGAUUUAUUGGAAGGCAGACCAGGAUUAACUUGUUGCUUUUGGUGUGAUGUAUAAUAAAACUCUGAAAUGGUUUCAUGCUGAUUCCUUUGAUUUGUAGCAUCUAUAUAAAUACCUAUGUGGAAGAGUUUUCUUUGGAAACAUAUCAUCCAUUUAUGAGAAUAAGGAGAUGUUGGGCUCUGGAGCUUCAUCAAAAGUAUACAGAGUUGUAAAUAAAUUAACACAUUCUCUAUACGCCUCAAAAUGCAUUCGUAAAGACUACAUCUACAAGAGAGAAGACAAAGAACGAUAUGUAAACAUUUAAUUGAUUUAGAAUCGCAUGAUCCAAGAGAUUGAAUUAAUGAGGAAAUUGGACCAUGAAACCCUCGUAAAAAUGAUUGAUAUUUUUGAAGGAGAAAAGUCGUUCUAUAUCAUACUUGAACUAUUGUAGGGUGAAUCUCUGCAUACGUUUUUUAAAAAACACUCUUUAACACUUACACAGAUUCGAUAGAUCAUUAGUGUAUCAAUUUAUUUAUAUGAUAGAGAUGCUUAUAAGCAUUAUGCUAUUUAGACCUAAAUAACAUAAUUCAUAGGGAUUUGAAAUUAGAAAACGUAGUUUUGAAAGAACAAGGAAAAGUUGAAUCUGUGAAAAUUAUUGAUUUUGGCCUUGCAAUUUAUACAUCAAAUAAUUAACGACAAUUGUGUGGAACUCCUGGUUAUAUAGCUCCUGAGAUGUUUAUUGAAAAAUACCCAUACACUACCAAAGUUGACAUUUUUAGUUUGGGAGCCAUAUUCUAUAAACUAUUGUGUAAGAAACCCUUAUUUCAUGGAAAUACAAGUGAAGAGAUUUUAGAGAACAAUAAAAAGUUCCUUUGGAAUAAUCAUCUCAAAAAUUGUUCUGAUGAAACUAUUGAUUUGAUAAAACAGAUGCUUUAAAGAGAUCCAAAUAAAAGAAUAUCAGCCUACCAAGCUCUGCAACAUCCAUUUUUUGGGGAAAGAUUUAUUGGUAUUGAUUGAAUUAGAUUAGAGUAGAACAAGGAAUAGCUGAAGAGAGUCCUCAUGAAAUAGUAAAGACAUUCCCACUUAUAAAACCUAUGUAAAUAAUUAACUCCAAUGAUAAUAUUCCAGAAAUUAAGAUUUAGGCUAUUAGGGGAGGUUAACAAAGCUUUGACCAAAGCUUAGGAUCUAAUUAUUUUCCAUCGUUUGAUGAGGGUUAUUAGAAACCAAAAAACGGAAGCGAUCAUAUUAUUGAAUGA